ACCUGAGAAUAAUCGGCAUAUAAAUCACACAUUCUCUCUCUAAACUCCAUAAAAAUCACAGCGUCUCUCUCUCUCCUGAUUGUGGAAAUGGAGAGAAGGGUGAUUGGGUUUUUGGUAGUGUUACUACAGUUGGUCUCUUGCGUUGGAGCACUCUCAGGGAAUGCGAGCAACAGUGGCAGUCUCUAUGCUGCAUUCCUGCUCAGUAAUGGUAUCGGGCGCACCCCUCCAAUGGGGUGGAACAGUUGGAACCAUUUUCAUUGUAGGAUCGACGAAUGGACCAUCAAGAAAACGGCGGAUGCUCUGGUUUCCACAGGUCUGGCGGCCCUCGGCUAUAAAUAUGUGAACAUUGAUGAUUGUUGGGGUGAGGCAAAUAGAGAUUCAAGGGGCAACCUUGUAGCCCGAAAGUCCACUUUCCCUUCAGGAAUCAAGGCUCUUGCAGAUUAUGUCCAUAGCAAAGGCAUGAAACUUGGGAUCUAUUCCGAUGCGGGUUAUAGAACUUGCAGCAAGACAAUGCCUGGUUCCCUCGGUCAUGAGGAGCAAGAUGCGAGGACGUUUGCCUCAUGGGGUGUUGACUACUUAAAGUAUGAUAAUUGUUACCAUGAUGGUUCCAGUCCUCAAAACAGAUUUGCCAGGAUGAGCUAUGCACUAAGGAAGGCUGGUCGUCCUAUCCUGUACUCUAUCUGUGAGUGGGGGGAGCAGAAUCCGGCAACGUGGGCUGGUACGUUAGGAAAUUCUUGGCGAACUGGUGGAGAUAUUCAAGACAAAUGGGAGAGUAUGACUUCAGCUGCGGAUCAGAAUGAUGCUUGGGGAAGGUUUGCAGGGCCUGGAAGAUGGAAUGAUCCAGAUAUGUUGGAAGUGGGCAAUGGAGGGAUGAGCAUUGAGGAAUAUCGUUCACAUUUCAGUAUAUGGGCCAUAAUGAAGGCUCCUCUCUUAAUUGGUUGCGACAUCAAAUCUGCAAGCAGAGCGAUGCUUCGAAUCCUUGGAAACAAAGAGGUGAUCGAUGUCAACCAGGACCCUCUAGGAAUCCAAGGGCGUAAAAUCAGAUCACGAGCUGACCAGGAGGUCUGGGCUGUGCCGCUCUCUGGGAGGAGAAUAGGCAUAGUUCUGUGGAACAGGAGUUGGUCUCGAGCCCCAUUCACUGUCAGUUGGAGGGAGCUUGGAUUGGCACCAUCUGCCCCUAUGCUUGUAAGGGACUUGUGGUUGCACAAAUUUGUCUCGACGAGACAACGUUACCGGUUGACUGCAAUUGUGAGUCCUCAUGCUUGUAAGAUGUAUGUAGUCUCUGCACAAACCCAAUCACUCCUUGAAACGAAUGGAAGCCAGUGGUCUAUGCCUGCAUUUCUUCCUUGAGUUCCGUGAGUUCUUUAAGGGGAUUGCUCAAAUUAAGGCUUUCUACAUGUUCGAAGAUCAUCCAUACAAAAGAAAAGAAAUGAAAGAUUCUGGAGGAAUUUGAGGGCUAGCCUCCACAUCCUCGACCAUUUUUAAUGAAUUUUUGAUCUAGAAUAAAGAAAUAAAAAGAAGAGAAGGUAUCUAUCUGGGGGCGUCUGUUGAGUAACGGCAACAUGUCCGCUUCCAUGCUCAACAAAAAACUUGAAUUUUUAAAUUCAUCCAAAAUUUAUGUCAUUUGGAGUAUGUGGAGGUCUUUGUCCAUGAUUCCAAUAUAUAACAUUUUAGAUCAGGAAGUAGUAUGUUGUAAUUGGAGGGUCCAUAUUAAAAAUGUGAACUACUUUUGCACAUUCAAGUGUCUUCCGUUACUGAUUAUUUGGGCAUCAAGGUGCAUGUACAAGCUGGACCAAGUCAAAGAGGUUCAUGUACCAUCCUGAAACAACUGCAGGGGUCUAGUUUCACAAGUUCAAGCGACAGCUCCUAGGCCUAGUUUGAUAAGUUCUGAGUUGUUCAUCAGUGUGAAUUGGUUUCAUCUUUUGGUGCUAUGUAUCUUUGUUUACCUUUGUCAAGCUUGCUGCCAAAGGAUAGAUGGUCAUUCAUUUGUAGUUGUGUGAUGCUCUCCAUGUGAAAUUCUAAGGUGCCGAAGGUUCUUGUAAUGGUUGAGAAGAAGAUUUUGGAUAACUGUAACAUUUUCUUUUUAAAAUGUAAUUCUCUGAAAUGUGAAGGCCAUGCGAUAACAUAUCGGUUGUCCCAGUGUUGCAGGUUAUGCAGUGGUCAUGUUUCAAAGUAACA